AUGAGUUCGUCGCGAGCAUAUGCGUCGCCAUAUCCGACCUCGGCUCAAGCAUCAGCGGCUUGGACCUUGGUCCAUCAAGCUCGAGCCAGCGCUGUGCCAUUUCGCAGCCGCUGCCCGCUGAUCCCUGUUGCAAUGCAGUACCGACGAAUGCUGUGCAUGGCCUUGGCCCUGUUAGGGUCAGGUGUGGCCUACAAGUCUCGCAGCUUCAACAGCAUUGAUGCCGAGGAGGCUGGAAAUCCCAUUCGAAAGGUGGUCGCCAUGAUGGAGAAGAUGGGCAAGAAGAUCGAGGAAGAGGGCAAGCACGAGGAGGACCUCUACGACAAGUUCAAGUGCUACUGCAAAAAGACCAUCGGAGAACUGGAGGCCAGCAUCCAGCAGCAAGAGUACAACCCGGUGACCCCCUCCGACAUCGAGGGGCGAGAGGCCGAGAUCAGCUCGCUGGAGCAGGAGGUUUCCAAGCUCAAGGAAGAGCGCAUCUCGGAGGAGGACACGCUGAAAGCUGCGGAAGUCCAGCGAGGGAAGGAGCACGAGCACUACAUGGACGAGCACGCCGAGGACACGCAGGUGGUGGAGCAGAUCUCCCAGGCCCAGCAGGCCCUGAAGACAGGCGCCUCCACGGCCUUGUUGCAGAAGGCCCCGAUGCUCCGGGCCGCCGAUCGGCACCUGGCCGCUGCGGAGAAGCAGCGCCUGGUGUCCUUUCUGUCUGGGGAGCGGAUGGACCCCAGCUACGUGCUAGGCAUCCUCGGGGGCAUGGCCGACGACACCAAGGAGGAGAUCGUCUCCGACGACAAGAGCGAGGAUGCGGCGGUGCACACCUUUGAGGACCUGGAGGGCUCCAAGAAGGUGGAGAUCUCCACGCUGCUGGAGCAGUUCGAGCGCAAGAUGAAGCGCAUCGGCGAGCUGAAGGUGGAGGUGGUGAACCUCAAGAAGUCCAUGGAGGGCGCGGGCCAGUCCCUGGCGGACGACAAGAAGAUGCUCGCGGAGCUGAAGAGCUCCUGCGACGCCAAGGCCGCUGCCUGGGAAGAGCGCCAGGAGACGCGCAGCAAAGAGCUGAUUGCCCUGCAGGAGACCGUCAAGAUCCUGGACUCGGAUGAGUCCCUGGACCUCUUCCGGAGCAAGGCUGCGAGCCUCCUGCAGCUGGCUAAGAAGGGUGAUGCCAAGGAUAAGAAGGACCAAGCUCUGGAGCUGGUCCUCAAGGCCCGGCGCGAGGGGCGCCCGGAGCUGAACUUCCUGGCGUUGGCCCUGUCCGGCCGGAAGGUGGACUUCAGCAAGAUCGUGAAGAAGAUCGACGGCAUGGUGCAGCUCCUCAAGACUGAGCAGAAGGAUGACGAGAGCAAGAAGGACUACUGCGGCAAGGAGUUCCACGAGGCCGAGCUGAAGACGAAGUCCACGGCUUCGGCCAUCACCUCGCUGUCGGCCACCGUGGCCCAGUCCAAGGGCGCCAUCGGACAGCUCGUCACGGAGAUCCAGAGCCUCCAGUCCGGCCUUACCGAGUUGGACCAGUCGGUGGCCCAGGCCGGCGAGAACCGCAAGGCCGAGCACCAGGAGUUCCAGGAGCUCAUUGCCUCCAACAGCCAGGCGGUGCAGCUUUUGGAUUUAGCCAAGAACCGCCUGAACCAGUUCUACAACCCAAGCCAGUUUGUGGACACCACCACCAAGAACCCUUUCGACCCGUACGCCUUCCUUCAGGCCUCCAGCCGAAAGGUUGAGGCGCCUCCGGACACAUUCGACGGGGGCUACCAGUCCAAGAUGUCUGAGAGCCACGGCGUCUUCUCCAUGAUCGCCCAGCUGAAGGCGGACAUCGAGCAAGAAAUGGCCCUGGCCAAGUCUGACGAGGCCACCUCCCAGAAGGACUACGAGAAGACCUUGGCCGACGCGGCCGAGAAGCGCGAGGCGGAUGUGACCUUGGCGCAGGAGAAGGCCAAGACGAAGGCCGACCUUGAGACAGACCUCAGCGAUGACAAGAGCGAGCUCGCGAACAAGAAGAAGGAGGCCAGCGUGGUGGAGCAGGUCGUGGGCAACUUGCACAAGGAGUGUGACUGGCUCCUGAAGAACUUCGACCUCCGCGCCCAGGCCCGUGCCGAGGAGAAGGAGAACCUGGUGCAAGCCAAGACCGUGCUGUCCAGCAUGUGUUCCACCGGCUUCCCCCUGGUGGACGCGGCCAUGUGCCAGCUCUGGGCCGUUGGCUGGAUGCCCAACUACCUGCGCCAUGUGGUGGCCCAGUUCCUGAUCGAGUACCUGGACCUCAGCUGGAAGCAUGGCCUGGCGGCUGGGACGAGUAGGCAGUGGCAAAACGGUGGGCACUCGGGUCCGGAUCACUGGGAGUUCGUGCUUCACCCAGUGAAUGCGGCCAAGAGCUGCGACCCUGACGGCCACUACGUCCGCCGCUGGCUGCCGUUCCUGGCCAGCUGCCCCACAGAAUACAUCCACAGGCAGGUACUGGAAGUGCGUCGCAAGCACCCAGAGAUGGUCUCCCGAACUGGCCACGAGUGGCUGCGGUUGGGUGGCGGACUCUUGGCGAAGCUCGUGACGCGGCAAGAGUUCCGCGCGGAGACCGAGGACUUCAUCUUCUAUCAGGGCCCCACGCGCUCGAAAGGAAAGAAGCAAAGGGCAUUGAACCUCCCUCUGUUUCCCCAACUUGCGCUCUUUGUGCUCAGCUCCUUGAGGUGCGCCGGCACGAAGCCGACUCAUUUGGGCCUGGCCUGUGAGCCCUGGCUAUCUGGAAAGUCCAUGGAGUUGCGCAAGCAGCCGGCCCACGUCGCGCCUGCACGGGCAGCGAGCACCAGCGCGCUUCGACUUGAGGCAUCGCAGCAAGCCUCAGAAGCUUCGGAGACUUCGGAACUUUGUGCGCACGUUCUGCAGACGAAACACACAGGAGGUUUGGUGUUCUCAUACUUGGAAAUCCUCCAGCGGCUGGCGCAAGACCCGGCGGAGAACACUUUGGAUUGGUUUUACCCUCCCUUUGCGAAGUGUUGGGCAGCCAUGUUGGGCAUUGUCACAGGAGUGAAUGGCGAAAAGCAGGACGAAGACCGAUCAUGCUAUCAGCCUGACAUCAAUAUUGAGCGGUCGCUGGAGGUGCGCGCAUGGAUCACGGCGCAACCUGACUGGCUGGAGGUCCGCCCUGGCCACCUACGCCUGCGUCUGCAGGGCCGUUUGUGGAGCUGCGAGCUUCCCGAGCGCGUGCUACCAGAGGCUCCCCUAAACCGGGCCAUGUACAGGAAGGGCACCAAGACGCUGGUGGUCGUGCUCCGGAGGCCGUUUGCUUCGAGCACCUGGCAGCUCUUUGAUGACUGUGACCGCCGCUUCGCGCAGCUGCAGGAGCAGGCCCGGAGGGUGCUCGGAGACAUGGUGGAUCGGGACCUCCAGAUCACUGGGGAGGUGGAGGGCCUACGAAGUGUGGACGUCAAGAUCGACGACCAGGGGGUGGCCAUCGACUUCGCGCCUCCCGACAGCGAGUCGGGCGACCGGCCACUAGUGGUGCUGGCAAAUGGCAAGGAGGAUGAAUACCUGCCAUGGGCCGAGGAGGUGCGUCCUUGCUCAUCAACCGAAGAAGAGGGUGAAGAUGCUUCAGGUGAUAGCUGGAUGAGGGUAGCAUCGAGGAUUCAGAGGCAAGCGCGUAGAGCAAGAUUGAGAGUGGGCUCGCCACUCGCGCGCCGUGAAGACGGGAAGCGGGUGAAGGGCCACUCCGUCUUCACGCUUCCCCCGCGUCGGGAGGGCGACCUGGUGGUGUGCUACCGCGGAAAGGUCACCGAAAGGCGGUGCCUCCGCAGAGGCAGCAGAGCGCAGCGCUUCCACUUCGCCAUGGACGCCGAGUGGGCCAUCGAUGGCGGCACCGGUGGCGGCCGGCCCUUUGCUGCGCAUGUGGCCGGAUACCUCAACAGCCCCGCAGGAUGCGUGGACGAGGCUGGAACCGCGCUGAAACCGAACCUUCGCGUCCGCAUCGACCCCUCACAGGGCCGGGGCCCGCGCGCCGUGCAAUUGCUUGCGGCCCGAGACAUCGAGGCCGGCGAAGAACUGUGCUUCGAUUAUGGCGACAGCCACCAGCUGGAUGAUCUCAGCGACUCGGAUGACGAGGACCCCGUGUGGCUGGCCCUGUCGAAGCAGAUGGCAUGCGACAACGCUGCCAGCUGUUCUGCUGCGGAGAAAAAAGAAUUGAAAGAGGACCGCUCCGCACGCCUUGGCCAAAGUUCAUUCCUGGAGUUUGCUGGAAAGGGGCGGCAGGCAGUGGAGUUCGAUAGCAAGUCGAGGACCAUCUUCACGAAGAUGGACUUCGUGGAGAGAAUCCGCGAUGUGCGCUACAGGGGGAAAUGUCCAAGGAUCUUGUCUUCAGAGGAGACCUUGCUCAUCAAUUCCUUCUACAUCCGGUUCUCUCAAAAGGCCCGGGCACACGGCAUCAAAGUGACGCGCCCUGGCAGCAUGGCUAUGGAAGUCUGUCAAAACACCGAGAUUCUGUCGCCUGUCUGCUCCCAGUGGACACAGAAGUACAAGCCGGAGGCGCCUGUGGAAAAGAGGUCCUACGAGUGGUACUUCCCGGAUGUGUGGAUCUUUCUGCGGCAGCUCACUGGCCUCGAAGACCUGGAGGCAGCGAAGGCCUUUGCUUGGGCGAACGCCGGGGUCUCUGGUCUCGAGGCAGGGGCUUUAGGGUUAGGGUGGGUUCAGGGUUAG